CCGCAGGUGGCCGGCGUCCCGGUGCAGUUCGACGAGCACCACCUGAGCGAGGUGCAGAACAUGGCCUCGGAGGAGAUCCUGGAUAGGGUGCUGGACUCCAUGAGGAAGAGCAAAGUGGCCCUCAUAGGGAAGAUUCACACCCCCAUGGAGUACAAAGGGGAGCUGGCCUCCUACGACAUGAGGCUCAGGCGCAAGCUUGAUCUCUUUGCCAACGUGGUCCACGUGAGCAGCCUGCCUGGCUACAAAACGCGGCACAACAACUUGGACCUGGUGAUCAUCCGCGAGCAGACGGAGGGCGAGUACAGCUCCCUGGAGCACGAGAGUGCAAAGGGUGUCAUUGAAUGCCUGAAGAUCGUCACCCGGGCCAAGUCGCAGCGCAUUGCCAAGUUUGCCUUUGAUUUUGCCACCAAGAAGAGGCGUUCCAAGGUCACUGCAGUGCACAAGGCUAACAUCAUCGCUCCUGUAGCAGGAUGCAGGAACAAACGCAUCCGUGCCACCCAGCAGCUUCCAGGGCCGGUUUCCUCCCACCCUUGGACUUGGCUGCCUGCCGAGAAGCCGCUGCAGCUUUGCACCUCCUCGUUCCCCGACCCGGCGCACUUGGCCCCUUUGGUUCAGGCUGAACCUUCUGGGCUGCGGCUGGGUCACUCCUUGGAAAGCAGGAAGCUGGGCGAUGGACUCUUCCUUCGCUGCUGUGAAGAGGUGGCCGAGCUGUAUCCCAAGAUCACGUUCGACACCAUGAUCAUAGACAACUGCUGCAUGCAGCUGGUGCAAAACCCUUACCAGUUUGACGUCUUGGUCAUGCCCAACUUGUAUGGCAACAUCAUCGACAACCUGGCAGCCGGCCUGGUGGGCGGGGCCGGCGUGGUUCCGGGGGAGAGCUACAGCGCUGACUUCGCUGUGUUUGAAAUGGGUGCCCGUCACCCCUUUGCCCAAGCUGUUGGGAGGAAUAUCGCCAACCCCACGGCCAUGCUGCUCUCCUCGGCCAACAUGCUGCGGCAUCUGAACUUGGAGUAUCACUCCGCCAUGAUUUCAGAUGCAGUGAAGAAGGUGAUCAAGGUCGGCAAGGUGCGGACACGGGACAUGGGCGGUUAUUCUACCACCUCGGACUUCAUCAAGUCUGUGAUUGACCACCUCCACCCCCACUAUGGUGUCUAGGCUCGGGCUCCCCCUGACGCACACCUGCCCCCAGCAGGCCCACUCCAGCCGCCUCUCAUAGCCAGACCCAGACAGAGCUGCCCAGCCCCCGCUGGGGAAGAAACCAUCUUCUCCCUUCUCCCACCUCUUGGGGCGCUCACAGCCCUGCGGAGAUUGGUCUGCUCCAGCUGGAGGGGACGGGACCCGUCCUGGCCCAAUGGGGAAUGGCUUCCUUGGUUGCCGGCUGGAACCGGCUGUGGGUCCCGUCUCCCUGGGGGGGUCCCUUUUCAGUAUAGGUUGUUCUGUGACCCUUGUUGUCGGGGGCUGUCUCCAGGGCCCCCUGCUCUGAGGCAUGCCCUUGGGGUAGCAGCGGGCUGGAGGGAAAGGGGGUGGGGGUGCAUGUUAAGAGAAGGGAAAGCGCUUCCUGGAGGGCUCUUGAAGGAAGGCUGGGGGGGUAAACGUCCUUGCAGAGUUGGUAGAGCCCCCCUGGCUGGAGAGUAGCUUUUCAGCCCUGUGGAGUGGAAUACCAUCCGGCAUCCUUGCAAGAAUCUGCCAGGGGCUUGUGGGGGUGCUGGGGAGAGUUUGCCACGGGGGUCAUCCUGGUUUGGGUGGUGAGUGGGCUUGGGAGUCCCCGGGGACAGCGCUUUCUGGGCUCAGCCCGCGUGCGUGACAUGUAACCUGCGGCCACUGUCUAUUCUGCUUGUGAAUAAAGGGUUUUUCAUGCCA